AUGGAUGAAAAAGCUGGGGUCUCCAAGCUGGAGACCAUCGACACGGGCCUCUAUGACCCUGAUGCUGGACUCAGCGAUGAGGAAAGAGCAAGAAUAGACAAAGCCCUCGUUCGAAAACUAGACUUCAAACUCAUCCCAUGGCUCUCGUUCCUAUACCUCAUCUCCUUCCUCGAUCGAACAAACAUCGGUAACGCCAAAGUAGACGGGUUGCAAAAAGACCUGCACAUGACGUCUGGCCAAUACAACGCAACACUCUCCAUCUUCUUCGUCUCAUACUCGGUCUUUGAGCCUUUGACAAACGUCCUCCUCAAGAAAUGGCGGCCUAGCGUUUUUCUUCCCAUCAUUAUGACGCUCUGGGGAAUCGUGAUGGUUACUAUGGGGCUUUGUCAUAAUUUUGCUGGUCUUGCGACUGCACGUUGGUGGUUGGGUUUUGCUGAAGCAGGAUUGUUCCCUGGUGUGAACUACUGUGAGUACAAGCGCAAGGAGCUGGGUAUCCGAGCAGCCGUUUUUUUCUCUGCUGCAGCCCUGGCAGGUUCGUUUGGAGGACUUUUGGCAGCAGGUAUUGCACAGAUGAAGGGAGUUGGUGGCAAACCUGGUUGGGCAUGGAUUUUCAUCCUCGAAGGGCUUGUUACCGUUGUGGUUGGCAUCCUUUCGUACUGGAUGGUCCAUGAUUUCCCUGACGAGGCCACGUUCUUAUCUGUCGACGACCGUGCUAGAGUGAUCAAGAGGCUUAAGGAAGACCAGCAAGCAAGCGCUGAGCAUGAGGAGUUCAAGAUGACCUACUUCUGGCAAAGUGUGUCAGACUGGAAGACCUGGUGCUUUGCCGUCAUCUACAUGGGAGCAGACGGUGCAUUGUACGCCUUCUCGCUGUUUCUGCCCACCAUCAUCAACGCACUUGGAUACAGCGGCACUACAGCAAAUCUGCUGUCCGUUCCGCCAUACGCCUGUGCUGCCGUUUUCACGAUUGUGAUCGGAUAUAUUGCCGACAGAACACAGAAGAGAGGUAUCAUCAACGUCUGUGUUUCUCUCCUUGGCAUUGCAGGCUUCUGCAUGCUUAUCGGAUCGCAAAAUCCUCAUGUCAAAUAUGCCGGUACUUUCCUCGGAGCUCUAGGAAUUUAUCCUCUCAUCAGUAACAGCGUCACCUGGUGUUCAAACAACGUAGAAGGCGCCUACAAGAGAGGUGUGACAAUCGGAAUUGUCAUUGGCUGGGGAAAUCUUCAGGGCGUGGUUAGCUCAAACAUCUACAGAGCCAAGGACAAGCCCAAGUAUUAUUUGGGACACGGAGUUGUGUUGGCGUAUCUGACGCUCUUCUUGUUCUGCGGAAGUCUGGCAACACACCUUUUGCUGAAGGCCGAGAACAAGAAGAGACAAGCUGGCAAGCGCGACCACUGGAUCGAGGGCAAGGACGAAUCUGAGAUCAAGAUGUUGGGAGACAAGAGGCCAGACUUCCUUUAUGUCACCUAA